AUGGUCGAGAUCGACCCUUGUCGGAUCAAGAUGCUGCCUCCGGGAGAAGCAACAAAGGACGGCGAUGGCCUGUGGUGGUGGAAUGCCGUACGAGAGGCGGGUCCAGCAACUGCUGUUACUAGCAGUGAUCGGGACAAGGAUGAAGCCCAAGCGGCGAACACAUCCCGGACUCCAGGUGAUGGGCUUGAAACGGCGACGAAUGCUGUCGCCGGAACGAGACGCCGGGCCAAGAACGGAAUGAAUACCUACGGAAUGGAGAUGAGCGAGUUCUAUGCAGCAGCUCGGCAGGCUGUCGCUUGUGGCGCCCGCGUUCUUCUCGGAGACAGAGACUUCCAGGGAACAUCGCCCGCUUUGUGGCGCAAGCUGCGCGACUUGGAAAAGACCUGGAAACCACGAAAGUUUGCUGUCCUCGUGACCGAGCGAGAUGAGGUGAUGGCGAGCAAUCUCUUGAAACUCGAGGAGGGUCACGGAACGGUAGCUGUAGUUGGGGCUCACCACACGAUAGGAAUCGGAGGAAUCUUGAAGGCCAACGGAUGGAAAACUCGGCGAAGAUGA